CGACGAAAAUAUACCAAAGUAGACGGAAUAAAUAUGUUCAACAUAUCAAUAUUUUCGUUAAAACAAUCAAAAUACUAAGUAUGAACUUUUGCAUUCAAAUUAAGUAUUUGAAAGUUGAAGCAAUUAAUGAAGUAAGGGCUGUGAAAAGGUCAUUCUAAUACAUUUAAUAAUUUUUGGCUUUAUCUUACAAUGAAACUUAACUUUGUGUAUCUCAUUAAGACACCGUAACGGUAUAUUUAGUGAAACGAUUUGUGAUUGAAGCCUUCAUAAUCAAUUUAGUGAUAUUUAAAGUUUACGAAAAUGUUUGCAUAUAAAUAGCAACUCGAAACAGCAGUUCGACAUCAGUCAAGCACUGCAUUCAGAUAGAGUUAGUGAACACCCAAAGUCUAGCUAUUGAGUUAUAAAUACCAUAAAUCUAACAAAAUGCAAAUAUUUUCGUGUUUCGCCAUCACCGCUGCCGCACUUUUUGGUGUCGCUUGUGCAGGAUACAUUCCACACGGACACGCCUCCAGUUACGCCUCGGUUGUGCAACACACUGACGGUCACCACGGUUAUGGCAGUCACGACAACUCUCUGCAUUAUGCUGGACAUGGUUAUGCUCACCACGACUUCCAGGAUCACCACUAUGAGCACCAUGAGCCCCACCACUAUCCCAAAUACACUUUCGAAUAUGGCGUAAAGGACGCACAUACCGGUGAUCAUAAGAGCCAAUUGGAGCACCGUGAUGGUGAUCAUGUCAAGGGAGGAUAUACCCUGGCGGAAGCUGAUGGCACCACACGCGUUGUAGAGUACACCGCCGACGAUCACAAUGGCUUCAACGCUGUUGUCAAGAAAAUCGGCCAUGCCCACCAUCCUCAGGCAUAUUAUCAUGGCGCUUAUAACAGCCACUUCUGAAAUAUUUGAUAUCUCUUAAGGACAGUCCCAACAAAUUCAGACCCACUCAACUAGAUUUUAGUGUCAAUAAUUGUUAUACCUUUAAACUAAAGCAAUUUAGAAUAAAUGUUGAAUUUAAUGCAAACA